UCUUUUUUUUCUCUUUUGAAAAUGAAACUUUUCUUCACUUUCGGUUUCACCGCUGAAAGUAUUUGUUUAAUCAGGGUAUCUGACCAGCAACCUCUGAGAGCCUUCAGACAUGGAGCGACUAAAAUCUUACCAGGACCAAUUAACAGGGUGGCUCUCAGCAGACACUGAGCACAUCCUCAAUAAGAGUGGAGACAUUUUAAGUGUCAAUGAAUAUAAAGACAUCAUUAAGAAGCCAAGUGAAGAGCAGAUGAUCUGCCUUCUGAGAACAAUCAUUGAGAAAGGAGAAGAAACCUGUGAGAAGUUCACAGAGAUCCUGAAGAAGAAUCAGGAUCAUUACCAUCAGCUGAAGGAGUUUUUUAGCUGCUCCUUAAAGGACUCAGCUGUCCCGACAAUGUUCGCUGAUGGUAACAGUGUUAUAACACAACGAAAGCUGUCUAAUAUAAAAGCAAAAUCUCUUAAACUUAACGUCGAAACCGUGAGCAGCGCUACUGGAAAGUCUUCUGGAAACACAAUCCCAGGGGCUAAUUAUACGGCUACGGAUGGGAGUGUUAUCUUUGCUGACCAAUUAGAGGGAGUCAGCGUAGAUACCAUAGACUUCUCAGUGAACAUUAAGCAAUCACGGGAUCCUGCAGCUCUGCAAGGUGCUACCAACCUUUCCAAUCAGGAUCCUUCUGCAAAGAUGAUCAUAAAGCACAAAGUUGAGCUGAUCAGAUGCCUGAUGGCUGAUCCAAAACACAUCCUGCAGCAUGUCCAUCAGGAAUCCAUCAUCACAGACAGAGAAUACCAGAAUCUGAAAUCCUAUUCCAAACCAGAGGAGGCUGUUACCAUGCUGAUUGACCAGGUUAUCGAAAAACUUCCAGAAACAUGUUGUCAGUUCCUUAAGCUUCUCCAGGAUCCCAAAGUUCUGAAGGAAUAUCCAAAGCUGGCUGAGAUCUUCAUGCUUAAUCCUAAUGGAGAUCAGUGAUAAGCAGUUGAAUAUUACUUUAUAUUGAUGGACGAAUUACAAAGACAGAGAUCAUAGUUUUAAUGUGUAUGUGUGCUUUUCCUUUUUGAGAUUUAGAGAUAAAUACUUUUAAAGUC